AUGCCAACGCCGCCAAUGGGAUUCAAUAACUGGGCGCGUUUUGAAUGCGAAUUGAAUCAGACUCUUUUUACUACCACCGCCGAUGCAAUGGUCAAGAAUGGCCUUUUAGCAGCAGGUUAUAACCGCAUUAACCUGGAUGAUUGCUGGAUGGCAUCUCAGCGAGCCUCAAACGGAACCCUUCAGUGGAACACCACAAAAUUUCCAGAUGGUCUUCCGUGGCUAGGUAACUUUCUACAUACUAAAGGGUUCAACUUCGGGAUCUACGAGGAUGCGGGAACUUUGACAUGUGGUGGAUUCCCCGGUUCCCUUGGAUAUGAGGAUAUUGACGCGAAAACAUUUGCCUCAUGGGGAAUCGACUAUCUCAAGCUCGAUGGGUGUAAUGUGCCCACACAAUCUGGUUUGACAUCGGAGGAAACCUACAAAUAUAUUUACGGAACCUGGCACACCAUAUUUUCGAAUAUGACAGAACCGCUGAUUUUUUCCGAAUCGGCUCCAGCAUACUUCUGCGGUGAGCAGAAUCUCACAGACUGGUAUAGUGUUAUGGACUGGGUUCCAUCCUACGGUCAAUUAGCCCGACAUUCGUAUGAUAUUGCUACCUAUGGCAGUGGGAAUACCUGGGAAAGCAUUUUGACGAAUUAUGGUCAGGAGGUUCUGCUAGCUCGUUAUCAGAAACCAGGGUAUUUCAACGAUCCCGACUUUAUAAUUCCAGACUGGCCUGACCUGACCAUCGAUGAAAAGAAGUCGCAUUUCGCCCUUUGGGCGUCCUUCUCCGCACCGCUGAUCAUCAGUGCGGACGUCCCUAGCUUGACAUCAGAGGAAUUAAAAUAUCUGACCAACGCUGACCUUAUCGCAGUUGACCAAGAUGAACUUGGUCUUCAAGCCACAUUAGUCAGCCAGGACGGGACAUGGGAUAUUCUGACAAAGAGCCUGUCCAACGGUGAUCGCCUGCUUACGGUUCUCAAUCGCGGUAACUCAUCGAGCGACUACCACAUUAGUCUCUCAAGGCUUGGAAUCGAAACCAAUCAAUUCUGUGCAUUCAAAAUAAAGGACUUGUGGACUGGAGAUAUCACACAAUCGCACUCUGCUUAUAUUUCCGUCCCCAAUAUUCCUGCUCACGGCACAGCCGUCUUGAGGAUCAAUUUAUCAUCGACAUGUGGGGGUAUUGUACCAACAGGAAUGAUUUUCAACACUGCAUCAUUAAAAUGCGUAGACGGAGACACUAAUGGCUCUACGUUAAGUGCCUCAUGUGACGGCAGCAAUGGACAGGUAUGGCAUGUUGAAACAGGCGGCAAAAUUCGUAACCUCGCCAAAUACUCUCAGUGUUUAGCAGAAAGGUCAAACGGUGAGACUUUUGUCACCACCUGUGACGGAAAAGACAAAUAUCAGCAAUGGAAAUACUACUUGAGUGGAAAUAUUGUCAAUUUUGCUUCAGGUCACUGUCUAACUGAACUGGAAAAUGGCACGCUUGGUACCGCUGCAUGCCAACAAGAGGCCAACAGUCAAGUAUUCGGACUGCCCAGCGGUGUCGAAGUUUUGUGA